GAAUGCAGGGUCCGGGAGAGCGGAUAUAGUGAAUGCAGGGUCCUGGGAGACCAGAUAUAGUGAAUGCAGGGUCCAGGGAGACCGGAUAUAGUGAAUGCGGGGUCCUGGGAGACCAGAUAUAGUGAAUGCAGGGUUCUGGGAGACCAGAUAUAGUGAAUGCAGGGUCCGGGGAGACCAGAUAUAGUGAAUGCAGGGUCCGGGGAGACCAGAUAUAGUGAAUGCAGGGUCCUGGGAGACCAGAUAUAGUGAAUGCAGGGUCCGGGAGACCGGAUAUAGUGAAUGCAGGGCCCGGGGAGAGCGGAUAUAGUGAAUGCAGGGUCCGGGGGAGACCGGAUAUAGUGAAUGCAGGGUCCAGGGAGACCGAUAUAGUGAAUGCGUGGUCCGGGGAGAGCGGAUAUAGUGAAUGCAGGGUCCAGGGAGACCGGAUAUAGUGAAUGCAGGGUCCAGGGAGACCAGGAUAUAGUGAAUGCAGGGUCCGGGGAGACCGGAUAUAGUGAAUGCAGGGUCCGGGAGACCAGAUAUAGUGAAUGC